AGUAAAUACGGUAUCGUUCUUAAGGGAGCGGGAGAGAAGUAAACCGCUAGGAAGACAUCGAGGGAUCCAUAAUGGCUAGUGGCUCAAUCCUUACACAGAAUCAGUACGAUGUUAUUGCCAAGGUCUUUCGUCAGGCAGAUACAGAAGAGACCGGUACUGUUGACUCCUCGAGGAUUAUAGAACUAGCACUAGCUGUACUGGGACAGACCGCUAAAGACCCUGAAAAACAGCUCGUGAAAUAUUAUGCAAACCUUAGAGGAAACAACCCCACGAUAGCGUUUGCCGAUUUUCUAGAGAUGAUGGGCGAGAUAUUGACCGAGACAACACGCUGGGGCAACCUUACGACACGUCUUGAGGGAUACGUGGGCUUCGAUACGAUACAAGAGCAAAUUAGGAAGAAAUCGCUAAAGAAAGGAUUUGAAUUCAAUCUCAUUGUAGUUGGUGAAAGUGGUCUUGGAAAGAGCACUCUGGUCAAUACUUUGUUCAAGAGCAAGAUAAGUCGUACCUCUUGUACCCCUGGACCACACAUUAUCCCCAAAACCACAGAAGUCAAUUCUGUGAGUCACGUGAUUGAGGAACAGAAUGUUCGACUGAAACUGACCAUCACUGACACUCCAGGGUUUGGUGAUCAGAUCAACAAUGACAAAUGUUGGGCUCCAAUUUUAGAAUAUGUGAAUGACCAGUUUGCUCAGUAUCUUCAUGAGGAGGUGAACAUUGUUAGGAAGAGGAUCAUUCCAGACACCAGAGUCCACUGCUGCCUUUAUUUCAUACCUCCCACUGGCCACUGUUUAAGGCCAAUAGAUAUUGAGUUUAUGAAGCGUUUGGACGAGUUUGUGAACAUUGUCCCCGUCAUUGCCAAGUCUGACACCCUCACAAUAGAGGAAAGGGAUGCCUUUAAAGCCAGGAUUCGUGAGGAUCUUACUUUCCACAACAUACGGAUAUAUCCCUCCGGUUAUAAUUAUGACGAUGAAGAAGAAUCCGCCAUAAACAACAAAAUUGAGCAAUUCAUUCCUUUUGCUGUCAUCGGUAGUGACAAGGAGAUGAGCGUGGGCGGGAAGAGGGUCCUUGGCCGACAGACCAAGUGGGGCUUUGUUGAAGUGGAGAAUAAGAAACACUGCGAGUUUGCUCAAGUCAGAGACAUGCUCAUUAAGACCCAUAUGCAGGAUCUGAAGGAGACUACAGACAAGGUUCAUUAUGAGAAUUAUCGCCAGAGGCGUUUGAGAGAAUCCAAGGCUGCCCCAAUGGGAGAAUCCAAUAUAUAGUCCGAAUGUGUGUUUAUUUGGGCCAGCAACUAAACCAUUUAUGUGUUUUGCAAUUGCAGCAUUCCUUUCCCUUUCACUCUCUCAAUAUAAAAACUAAGAUUUAUUAUUAUUAUUAUUAUUAUUAUUACUAUUAUUCUUAUAUUUGAAAUUAUAGGCAGUUUAGUUUUUUUAAAUCUAUUAUUACUAUUACCAAGUACAUUAUUAUUAUUAUUAUUGUUAUUAGUUUUAUCGGUUUGUUUUGCACAAAACUUUUUGAAACAAAUACUGUUGUAGUUGAAAUU